ACUUGGAAUAAACAGCAUGGAGUGUAAGCAGCGGUUGAAUUGGUUAAUACUUGCACUGAUAUGUCCUCUUACUGCAGGUGCUCCUUCCUCCAUGUUCAAAAGAGACAGUUCAUGUCCCAAAGAGAACUUAAACAUUACUGGAGGGACCUUUGUUCUUUCUAAAGGCUAUUCACAUGGGAGUCUUCUAAGAUACAUCUGUCCGAAUGGAUAUUACCCAUCGGUUCAGUCACGUCUUUCUCAAGAUGGACACUGGACUUCAAUGACCACAAUCAGAAAAACCCCAGAGUGCGAAAAGAUCACAUGUCGCAGUCCUCGGGUUUUCGAGAAUGGAGAGGUGAUUCCAUAUAAAGACAUAUACUAUGUAAAUGACACAACCACCUACUCAUGUCAUUCCGAUUAUACGUUCCGUGGCUCAGCGGUCCGUGUUUGCAAGCCUAAUGGGAAGUGGAGUGGAAGCACACCAGUUUGUGGACUUGACUCUGAUCACUGUCCUGAUCCUGGAGUUCCCCCUGGUAGCAGUCAUACAGGCAACAUGUUCAACAUUAACAACCAAGUCUUUUACCACUGUACACUCUUAAAAAAGGUUCUUCUAUGGCAUCGUGAAGCACCUUUAUUUUUAAGAUUGACCUUGAUUGGUUCCAAGGUGCGAGAGUGUCAGGAUAGUGGCCAGUGGUCAGCAGCAGAGCCACAAUGUUAUGCUGAUUUCACAUAUGACACCCCAGAGGAAGCAUCAGAAGCUUUCAGCAGUUCUCUAAAGUCAAAUCUUGGGGUUUCUCAAGAGUAUGAAGGAGAAGAUCAGCAUGGGAAGAAAAUAACUAUGGAUAAGGGUGGAAAAAUUGAUAUCUAUAUUGGUGUGGAUGUAUCAGACAAAGAUAAGGAAGAUUUUGACAAGGCAAAAAAUAUCAUUAAAACUCUUAUAGACCAGAUUAGCUAUUACAAGGUCUCCCCAAACUAUGAGAUCCUGAUGUUUGAUACGGACGUUACACGGAUGAUCUCUUUGAGGGACUUCAAAAGUAAUGAAUUUUCAAGAAACCUAACAAAGGUUUUUGAAGAUCUGGACAAUUUUAAUUAUGAUGGUAAAUCAAACAAUACUAAUAUCGCCAAACUCUAUUGGAACAUUUUACUCAGCAUGCAAAUAGAGGAGCUCUACAAUCCAACAGCCUUCCUUGAGACCCAACAUAUCGUCAUCGUAUUCACUGAUGGUAUUGACUCCUAUACAAACAUGGGGGGGAAUCCCGCACCUAAAGUGGACCAAAAUAAACAGCUUGUCACCAAACAUGAUCCAAAGCGAGAGGAGAAACUCGCACUUUAUGUAUUUGGAGUUGGAGUUGACGUAAAAAUAGAAAAUAUAAAUCGCUUAGCAUCACACAGGGACAAAGAAAAACAUGUAUUUAAGCUUCCAGACUUGGACGAGGUGCAGAAGAUAUUUGACAGAAUGAUUGAAUGCGGGACGAAGCCCUACAAGUCCAGUCGUAUUGUCGGUGGAAAGGACUCGAGUGAGGGAGAAUGGCCCUGGCAGGUCAGCCUCCACAUGAAUACACAAGGUCAUGUGUGCGGUGCGUCUGUUAUCAGUAACCGCUGGCUGGUCACUGCUGCUCACUGCGUGCAGGACAGUGAAAAGUUCAAAUAUUCCCAGCCUGACCAGUGGGAAGUCUAUCUAGGUCUACUUAACCAGGGUGAGACUAGUAAGUCCACCCUAAAACGCGUGAAGCGCAUCAUUUCUCACCCUCAGUAUGAUCACUUGAGCGACGACAAUGACAUCGCGCUGAUGGAGUUGGACAGCCCUGUAACUCUCAGCCAGAACAUCUGGCCCGUCUGCUUACCUGAAGCCACACAUGACUUCCCAGCAGGCAAAUCUGUCUGGAUCACUGGCUGGGGCAAACAGAGAGAGAAAAGUGAUGCCAUUGCAUCAUUGUUGCAGAAGGCCGAGGUGCGCAUUAUUAACAACACUGUGUGCAACAAGCUGAUGGAUGAUGGGAUAACACCACGCAUGAUCUGUGCAGGUGUAUUGAGUGGAGGCGUAGAUGCUUGUCAGGGUGACUCAGGUGGUCCAAUGACUUCCACUGAGAGCAGUGGCCACAUGUUUCUUGCUGGCGUGGUGAGUUGGGGAGAUGGCUGCGGUCGCAGGAACAGGCCCGGCGUUUACACACGCAUCACAGAAUACCGCAGCUGGAUCAGGGAGAUGACAGGGGUAUAAUGUCACAACAGUGACACGAAAUGGACUAAAGCAAACAGUAUCAACCUGUAUUGAGAGUUAUUGAAAAUAAUUAAGGCAUUCAUGUUCAUUGAGUUUUAUUUCAGAAGCCAUAAAGAUUCCUAUAAUCAGGCCAAAU